AUGCACAAUAAAAGAAUCAAGCAAGCAGAGCAGCUUCUUGACUUUUUUCUCCUCAUCUUCUUUCAACAGGAUCUGUAAAAGACACCUCUUCUCAUAAAUCACCAAAAAUGACAGUGUUAGCAGCCAAUGCAACGUCGAGGAGGUAUGCAGUUGUUACAGGGGCAAACAAAGGGAUUGGACUAGGAAUAUGCAAGCAACUAGCAGCUGUUCAUGGUAUUACUGUGAUAUUAACUGCUAGAAAUGAACAAAGGGGUCUUGAAGCUGUUGAGAAACUCAAAGAAUCUGCAGGUUUAAGUGAUGACCAAAUCUUCUUUCACCAGCUUGAUGUUGCUGACCCGUCUAGUGCUUCUUCUCUAGCCGAAUAUUUGAAAACUAAAUUUGGAAGGCUUGAUAUCUUGGUGAAUAAUGCAGCAAUUGGGGGAAUUAUGAUAGACGAAAAAGGCCUUUCAGCCCAAUUGUCCAAGGAUGAUGAUACAGCAGGGAUCAAAUGGCAUGAGAUUGUCACGGAUACAGAUGAGUUAGCAGAAGAAUGCAUUCAAACAAAUUACUAUGGAGCAAAAAGAAUGAUAGAAGCACUGAUUCCAUUACUUCAGUUAUCUGAUUCACCGAAAAUUGCAAACGUCUCUUCCUUCAUGGGAAAAUUACAGAAUUUACCGAAUGAAAGGACUAGGGAAAUACUAAGUGAUGAGCAAAACCUUACAGAAGCGAAACUGGAUGAGGUACUAAAUGAGUACCUGGUAGAUUUCAAGGGGCGUUCCCUACAAGAAAAAGGUUGGCCACACUACAGUUCAGCGUAUACUGUCUCGAAAAUGGCAAUGAAUGCAUACACAAGAAUUUUGGCCAAGAAAUACCCAUCUUUCUGCAUCAAUGCUGCUUGUCCUGGCUUUGUGAAAACAGACAUAAAUCUGAAUACUGGUAUAUUAACCGUUGAAGAAGGCGCUAAACGUGUGGUAAAGCUAGUGUUGCUGCCUAAUGGUGGACCUUCUGGCCUUUUCUUUGUUGAGGGUAACAUAUCAUCUUUCUAGUGAAGGUUACUGCAAUGAUAUUGCUGCAGACAAACUAUCAUGGAGCAAUAAUUGAUGAAUAAUGAAUCAAAUCAUCAGAGAUAUUAGCCUGCCUGCCUGCUUAAUUACCCUAAUAAUGCAGCAAUAUUAUUUGCCUGCCCGCUUAAUUUUCUCAAUAAUUUUCUUUCGAUGACACUGUGAAAGUGAUGUAUCUUGAUUUUACGUGUAUUUCUUUCAAAAAUAGCAUCAUUUGUAUUCAGUUCUGUAACUAAUUCCACAGCUGUAUUUUUCUUUC